UGCCGUCCUCGUGCGAGUUCUCAUAAAGCUUCAAACUUUACUUUAACCCAUGAAAAGAUUUUCGAAUAUACUCUGUUCGUUUCAGUCAUUGUCUGUUGAUUCCAUCAAUGAGCUCGUCGAGACCAGUGGUCAAAGAUCGAUUGCUGAAACCAGAGGCUACGCUCUGGGCUUUGUCCGUGGUGGAGACGCUAGGAAGGUGUUCGAUGAAAUGCCCAGAAGAGAUUUCAUUCGUUGGGUUGUGAUGAUUGGAACAUUUGCUGGAAAUGGGUAUUCUCAGGAAGCAAUAGUUGCUUCUGGACAAAUGUAAAGAGAGCGGCAUUCAUGAUUCCUAGCAUUCUAAAAGCCACUGGGAAUCCAGUUGCCCGAGAAUUUUGGUAAGAUGAUACAAUGUCUGGUCUUUUAAUUAUUCACUUGACUGUGAUGAUGCUUUUGCGGUGAGUUCACUGAUUGAUAUGUUCUCGAAAUGUGGGGAAGUGGACACUCCAAAACACAUUUCAGUAAUUUUGCCGAAAAAGAUUUGGCGGCCUUUUGGGUUAUGUUCACAACAGAUGAGCAGAAGCAGCCUUGGACUCGUUGAAGGAAAUGAAGUGUUCUUUUGGCAAUUGGAGAAGUGAAAAAGGAGAGAGAUUUCAGAAAUGGAGGAAAAGGCGGGGAGACGGGUAGUGUUAGUUCCAGUUCCAGCACAAGGUCACAUAAAUCCAAUGAUGCAACUCGGAAUAGCCCUUCACUUGAAGGGCUUCUCCAUCACAGUUGCUCUGACCGAGCUCAAUCACUUGACCUCCCCUUGGGAAGAUUUCCCUGAUUUUCAGUUUGUUACCAUAAUGGGUGGCUUAUCGGAGUCUGAGUUCAAGAAACUCGGACCAGUUGAGUUUCUGAUUAAGCUCAAUGACAUGUGUGAGUCGAGCUUCAAGGACUGUUUGGGUCAGUUGUUGCAGCAGAAACAAGGUAAUGACAUUGCCUGUGUCAUCUACGAUGAGUAUAUGCAUUUUGCUGAAGCUGCAGCCAAGGACUUUAAUUUUCCGAGUGUCAUCUUCAGCACUACGAAUGCAACGGCUUUCGUUUGCCGCUUCUUACUAGGGAGAUUCAAGGAGAAUUGGUUCUUGGCUCUCUUGAAAGGUACCUCUGGAUUCUCUGUAUCUGAUUUGCACAAAUCUCUGAACUCUUGUAGGGCUGUAAGCAUGGUUUUGUUCUUUAUAGAACCAGGAGAGCAAGACAAGUUGGUACCAGAGUUUCAUCCCCUCAGGUACAAGGACCUACCAACUUCUGCAUUUGCGCCAUUAGAGAGCUCAUUGAAGCUAUACACUAAUGUAGUCAACAAAGGAACAGCUUCUGCUGUUAUAAUCAACACAGCAAGCUGCCUUGAGAGCUCGUCUCUGUCAAGGCUGGAACAGGAUUUGCAAGCUCCAGUUUAUCCGAUUGGCCCUCUUCACAAGGCGGCUUCAGCUUCUUGUAGCCUACUGGAAGAGGACAGGAGCUGCAUUGAAUGGUUGAACAAACAGAAACCAAGCUCAGUCAUAUACAUAAGCUUGGGAAGCUUGGCUUUGAUGGAACACAAGGAAGUGGUGGAGAUGGCCUGGGGAUUGGCUAACAGUAACCAGCCUUUCUUGUGGGUAAUCAGACCAGGUUCCAUCCCCGGUUCAGAGUGGACAGAGUCAUUGCCUGAAGAGUUCGGUAGAAUCGUUUCAGAGAGAGGGCACAUUGUGAAAUGGGCACCACAGAAAGAGGUACUCUCCCAUUCUGCAGUCGGAUGCUUUUGGAGCCAUUGUGGAUGGAACUCGACAUUAGAGAGCAUAGGGGAAGGAGUUCCAUUGAUAUGUAGGCCAUUUUCAGGGGAUCAAAGGGUGAAUGCUAGGUACUUGGACAGAAUUUGGAGAGUAGGGAUUCAACUAGAGGGUGAGUUGGAGAGAGGAGAUGUUGAGAAAGCUCUGAGAAGGUUAAUGGCCGAUGAAGAAGGGGUUGUAAUGAAGAAGAGAGCUCUCUGUUUGAAGGAGGGAGUCGAAGCCUCUGUUAGGCAUGGAGGCUCUUCACACAACUCGUUAAAUGAGUUUGUCGAUUUCAUCAAGGGAUUGUGAAGUAGUUUAACGAUAUAAGGGUAGGGGAUAAGGAAAUCAAGGCAGAAUCAUCAUUGAAACAAUCUUAUACGAUAUGAUUGUAUUGAAAAACAAUAUUUUCAUUAAAAAAAAAUUACUGAAUCGGAGAGUUUGGCAUUAA